GGUCUCUUGUCUCAGGGUCAAGUCGUGAUGUAGUGCUCGUAUCGCAAAAUCUGCGGAUGACGUAGCCUGUACGGGCAUUAUUGUCCGCAAGUUGAAGGUUAUAUGCGGCUAUGAUUGGCAGAUGUUGACUACCCCACUGAAGCGUAGCAUUUUGAAAUUUAUAUCUUUUGUUUUUCGAAACAAUUGAGUUCGUUCCUUUUUCUUCUUUUCUCUGGCGAUUGUUGAUUGAUAUUGAUAAGACGUGCUAUCGUCGCACUAACUUCGCUGAAACUUGGAUUCCCCGCAUCAAAUCGUCGAUGCAAUCGUCAAGACAAGAGAGAGAGAGAGAGAUACAAGACACUUAUUAACUUAUAAGUCGACGACUAACAAGUGACCAUGGCACCGACCAAUAAGCAAUGGCUUUCUAAGCUGGAUGGGGUUGAUAAGCUGGAGUUUACGGAGGGCGAGGUGCCCGUGCCGAAGGACGGAGAAGUGCUUGUCAAGAUUCAUACUGUGAGCUUGAACUACCGAGAUAUUGAAGUCUGCGAAGGCCAGUAUACCCACCACUCAAAUCCCGAUGACUUCAACGCCGGCAUCGUUCCUUGCUCUGACAUGUGCGGCACCGUUGUUGAGAGUAAAUCACCGCUCCUCACUACCGGCACACGUGUCAUGUCCAUCUUUUCGCAAGCCCAUCUCUCUGGAGCCCUUAAGCCGUCUGACUUGGCAACGGGCCUGGGCCUGCCUCUGCCCGGUGUUCUGACCGAGUACAGAUGUUUUGAUGCAAAGACUCUGGUUAAAGUGCCCAAGUACCUGACGGAUGAGGAGGCUAGUUGCUUGCCGAUUGCGAGCGUGACGGCGUGGAUGGCGCUGAACUGGAUGAGGCCUAUUGGUAAAGCCUUUCAGGCGGUGGAGAUAUAUGGGCAGAAUCCGGAAGAGAAAAGGGUCGAGACAGUGUUGCUGCAGGGCACUGGAGGGGUGAGCAUUGCGGGGCUGCAGAUUGCAAAGGCGGCUGGGUUGAAGGUCAUCAUUACGUCUUCGUCAGAUGAGAAGCUCGAGCAGGCGAAGAAGCUUGGUGCGGAUCAUACCAUAAACUACCGUACUUACUGGGAGUGGCAGGACCGCGUCUUGGAAGCCACGGGCGGCAACGGCGCCGACUACAUUGUCGAAGUGGGUGGUGCGAAGACUCUGCGCAAGAGCUUUGAUAGUGUGGCGUUUGGCGGAACGAUCAGCUGCAUCGGCUAUGUGUCCGGCAAGGAGGACGAGAAUAAUGACGGGGACAAGGGCAAGGCGUCGAGCUGGAAUAAGCUGAAUGUGAAUGUCUUGGCGCUGCGGAAGAACGUCACGCUGAAGGGGUUGAUCAAUGGCGGCAAGGACCGGUUUGAGGAGAUGGUGAGGUUUUACGAGGAGAAGGAGAUUCGGCCGGUGGUGUGCAAGGUGUUUGGGUUGGAGGAGGCGAAGGAGGCGAUGGGGUAUGUGCAGGCGGGGAAGCACUUUGGAAAGGUUGUGAUUAAGAUUGCGUGAUGCUGUGAGGGUAUGUAGAAGGGUCUUGUUGGUUACUUUAGAAUAGGUAGUAUAGAUAACUUGGCUUGGGUACUCUUAGGUACUUGGAUUACGUAGGUAUGCUUCCUGUGCUUCCUGUGCUUCCUAUGGCUGUGUAGUUUUGAGAAACUUCGUUGAUAGAUACGUAUAGAGGCUGUUAAAAUUGUCUUGUUAGCAAAAUCAAG